AUGGCUAGCCCUCCAGUUCUCUCGUUCGAUGCUGAGGGCCGCCCGAUUAAGUUUGAGACCUGGCUCGAUGAUCUGCACCUGUUCCUCCAGCUCACUGCCAGAGAGGAUAUCUCGCUGUACGAUCACGCACUAGGCACAGUCCCUCCUCCUGCUACUACUGCUGCUGCUAAUGCUCGCUCACAGUGGCAGACUCGCGAUGCCCACGCCCGCUUUGCUAUUCGCAACUCCCUGCCAGUCGACGAGCGCGAGCACUUUGGCCAGCAUCAGACUGCGCAGGCCCUGUACACUGCUGUAGUUGCGCGCUACUCCUCCCCGGCCUCAGCUGCACUAGGCCGCCUCUCGCUUCCCUACCUGUUCCCCGACCUGUUCGCCUUCCAGACAGUCGCUGACCUCAUCACUCACCUCCGCACUAGUGAUGCCCGCUUCCGUGCCGCCAUGCCCGCUGAGUUUCUUGCCUCCAACCCUCCCCCGCUCUGGCUCACUCUCUACCACCUAGUCACCCGCCUCCCUGACACUCUGCGUACAGUCAGGGACCACUUCCUAGCUCGCUGCCCCACUGAGCUCACCAUUACCGCCCUAGAGAAGGAACUACUUGCAGCUGAGAAGAGUAUUGUAGCUGUAGGUACCUCUCCUGGCGACCCCCGCACCCCUUUCUUCGAGGGGUGUUCCCCCUCCCCCCUGCUCCCCUCUGUCGCCUCUGCUGCUGCUGUCGACCUCCUUGGUGCUGAGCAGGUCGGCUCUGCGUCCGCUCCCAGCGGGCGUCGCAGCGGCAAGGGCAGGGGAGGCAAGGGCGGUGGGGGUGACGGCGGGGGAGGCGGUGGUGGGGGUGGUGGCGGCGGUGGGGGUGGUGGCGGGGCUGGAGGGGCUAGUGGCAGCGGUGGGAGUGGUGGAGGCAGCGGCGGCGGCGGUGGCCGGGAUGGGGGCGGUGGUGGUGGCGGCAGUGGACGUGGAGGCGGCAGGGGCGGUGGUGGUCGUGGUGGAGGCGGCGGUGGUGGUCGUGGAGGCUCUGGCACUGGCCAGAGCGCGCAGCACCCUCAGUCCUCCCAGGAGCUUCGUGAGUGGUACUUACAGCACGGGGGUGGGGGGGGUAACCUUAGCUGCACGUACGUCAUCCGCACUGGUCGCCGCAAGGGACAGACGUGCGGGAGGGCGCACACUGCGCAGCGCUGCUUCUCUUGCCUAGAAGACGCGUGGCGUGCUCAGUUUCCUGACGCUCCUGAGCUCCCUCAGUGGGCUGAUCUCCUCAAGAAGGAUAUCGAUAUCUAUGCUCUUGAUUUUGAUGUUAUUCUCAAAGCCAUGUAUGCAUUGACUAUUAGUGGAGAGGAGGACCAGUACCUGUGUGUUCCGCCUGACCCAAGCAUCCGCACGAGUAAGGCUGCAGCCCUAGGUGCUUGCGUGUCUGCUGCCCCAGGUGCUAGUGAGGCUACUGCUCUAGGUGCUUGUGUGUCCGCCACCCCAGGUACUACUGAGUCCACUGAGGCACUGCACACCUUCACUCUAGACUCAGGCGCUUCGCGCUGUUUCUUUCGUGACCGCACUGCUCUUGAGCCCCUUGCUCGACCAGUCGCUGUCUCGCUCGCUGACCCCUCUGGGGGUCCGGUCAUUGCGACCUCCUCCACUGUCCUUCCUUGUCCUGCUGUCCCGUCGGGCACACUGUCAGGUCUCCACCUCCCCUCGUUCUCUACGAACUUGGUGGCGGGUUGUGCGCUUCAGGAUGGGGGUGUUCACCAGUUCACCUUUGCCUACGAGCGUCAGCUGUCUGCCCCCUGCUCGUGUCGCUCUCUAGCGCACAAGACUGUCCUCUGGCACCACCGACUUGGUCACCCGUCAGUGCAGCGCCUUCGGGGCAUGCACUCCCGGUACCUUGUCUCUGGUCUUCCUCGGGUACUCCCUCCCCUCCCACCCUCCCUUGCUCCUGCUUGUCUUCCCUGUGUCGAGGGGCGGCAGCGCGCUGCCCCUCACUCCUCCUCGUUCCCCCCGACGACAGCUCCUUUGCAGACGCUCCACAUGGACGUGUGGGGCCCAGCCCGCGUUCGUGGUCAGGGCCAGGAGAGGUACUUCUUGAUCGUCGUUGACGACUACUCGCGCUACACCACGGUCUUCCCCUUGCGCACCAAGGGUGAAGUCCCUGAUGUCCUGAUCCCUUGGAUCAGCAGAGCACGUCUUCAGCUGCGAGAGCGUUUUCGCUCGGAGUUUCCUGUCCUGCGCUUGCACUCUGACAGAGGUGGCGAGUUCUCCUCCGACCUCUUGGCAGCCUACUGUGCUGAGCACGGCAUUCGCCAGUCGUUCACGCUUCCGGCCUCUCCACAGCAGAAUGGGGUUGCUGAGCGCCGCAUUGGCUUGGUCAUGGAGGUCGCUCGUACCUCCUUAGUCCACGCGGCUGCCCCCCACUUUCUGUGGCCGUUUGCGGUCCGGUACGCUGCGCAUCAGCUCAACCUCUGGCCCCGUGUCUCCGCUCCGGAGACCUCGCCCACACUGCUGUGGACGGGGGAGGUUGGCGAUGCGUCACGCUUCCGUGUCUGGGGAUCCCAAGAUUUUGUUCGCAACACGUCUGCGGACAAGCUCUCCUCCCGCACUGCUCCCUGUGUCUUUCUUGGCUUUGUCCCGGAUGCGUCUGGCUGGCAGUUUUACCACCCCGCCUCGCACCGCGUCUUCCCCUCUCAGGACGUUACUUUUGACGAGUCCGUGCCCUUCUACCGCCUCUUCCCCUACCGCACUGCCCCGCUCCCUCCCCCGCCUCUCUUCCUCGCGCCAGGUGCUGCAGUGGUAGACCCCCUUCCCCCUCAGGGUGCCGCUCCCUCAGGUGUCUCUCAGGUAGACCCGGUUGAGCCUGCCGAGGUAGCUGUCGACUCGCGUCCUGCUAGAGGUGCUGAGCCUGAGCGUGCGGAGCCUGAGCGUGCGGAGCCUGAGCGGGUGGAGCCUGGGGGUGCUGAGUCUAGGGGUGCUGAGACUGGGGGUGCUGAGCCUGGGGGUGCUGGGUCUGGGGGUACUGAGCCUGGCGUUGCUGAGUCUGAGGGGUGCUGA